UGAUAGUCCAGGGCAUAGUGCACAGUACUGCACAUAUUCCAUAAUGGAUAACAGCUCCAAGAAAAUAAUUUCCAUCAUCACCAUGGAUAAAAGAGAGACGGGGAAGAAGAGCACUAAUAUGGAAAAGGGGUGCUUUUUAAAAGCUAUGGAAGACCUAAGAGAUAAUGGUGUUGUUGUAGCUGAGGUUGUUACCGAUGCACAUUUGCAAAUUGGAGCAGUUAAGAAGAACAGAUUCCCAGAAAUAAAGCACUCGCAUGACAUAUGGCAUGCUGCCAAAAACCUAGGCAAGAAGGUAGUUGCUGCUGGACAGAGUAAGGAAUGCCGACCUCUCCUAGAGUGGAGUCGUGACAUUAUCAACCACUUUUGGCAUGCUUGUUCUUUGGCAACUGAUGUUGAUAGCUUUAUGGAGAUAUGGUGUGGUAUUGUUCACCACAUUGUCGGGGAACAUGAAUGGAGCAUGUCCUAUAGCAGUAACUUCUAUGGGGAAAACAAAUGCCAGCAUGGUCCACUGGAGGGAGAGCAGAAGGAGUGGCUGGAGAAAGGCAGCCCUGCACACAAGGCUCUCAUUGAGAUUGUCUUCAACAAAAGACUUCUGAAUAAGAUACCCUAUUAUGUAAAUUUCAGAAGUACAGCAGAAUUGGAGACGUUCAACAAUCUUAUUUUAAUGUAUUGUGGCAAAAGGUUUGCUUUUUCCCCACCUGUUUACAGGGCUAGAAGCCAGUUGGCUGCAUUAGAUUACAACAACAAUGUGGACAGGAUGGUGAAAAGAAACUUGGAUGGGACAGUGCAGCAACACAGAACAUUCAACAAAAAAAGUGGCCGCUGGAGUGUAACACCAGUAAAAGUUGAAAAGAGCUACAGACACGUGGACAUCAUAAUGGAAAGAGUGGUGGCUGCCCGUCUGAAUGACCAGGAAGGCAUGAGUCAGCCUGUAGUGUUUGACAUUGAUGACCCACGCCGCUUGAGCAGGACCAUUGCCCCAAUUGAUCCAAAGCCAACGACGGAGUUGGUCGAGGAGAAAGUGUCACGGUUUCAAGCAACAGACUAAUCGUGAACAUUUGCAAAUGUAGCUUUGUUAAUAUUUGUAUAAUUUAGUAUAGUGUGUAAACACGGUCACCUAUGCAUACUUGAUUUUGUUAAACAACCCAGAAGACUGAUGUACUGGACUACUGGUGCUUAAAAUUGAAAUUUCUGAUAUGAUAUCCAUGACAAUGUGCUUAUAGGAAAACUGAUUUGAAAUAAUGCUAACAAAAGUUUUAGGAAAAUUGUUUGUGUAGUUGAAUUUUGAUAUUUCUAACAUCGAUAUCUUAAAUACUAUGGAUAUAUCCAAGGGAGUUAGAAGGACAAAUUACUUCUUUAUGUAUAACCUCAAUGUCUUGCAUCCUCGGAAAUCUUUUUCUCUUGGCCCCAUCAAGUUAGAAAUUUGACAACAUUUAUCAAAUGUCUUUGUUUUUACAAAGACAUCAUGCCAUACGUCAUAUCAUAGUCUCAAUCAGUCCAUUAGAAUUCAGGUGUUAUCUUGGUUAUCAAAUAGUCUACAAUUUUUAGCAUUAUCGUGUACAUAUCAUUUUAGUGUAUGUUUUUCCCCCAGAUAUUGUCAUGUUUA